AUGCCGGAGGUUAGCACUCGGCUGCAGGAAGUUACGUCGCCAGCAACGCACUGUGGUGAGUGAUGGCCCUUCCUCAAAUUGUGGAGGUCCGAAGGGUUUUAUGUCAAUUCAUCUACAAAUAUCGGAUGUUUCCUAUCCCGAGUUUAUUUAUCUUGGAUACUCCAGUACAUUUCAGUUGUACGUGUGUUAACUGAGAAAAAUGAAUGGAUUGUUAUAAUUCUUCAUAUUGGACUUAACAUAACAUUGAUUCAUAUGGACAUCAAAGCAUUGAGCUAGGAUUGACCUCAACUCGACUUCUUUGCUCUGAUGCUGUGCCUUAUUCUUACGUUCAAAGUUCUCGGUAGCCAAUGAGGGGCUGGUCCUCUGUCUUGUACGCAUAAAGUCUGGUUAAAAGGUACUUUUUAAUGAUCCAACUGGUCUUUCAUGUCCUUUGGCGUAUUAGUCCUUAGCCUGAAGGUAAUUUAUUUGCUGUUGUCCUUUUGGCAUAUUUGAGCUCUGUGAUUGCUGAAUUAAACAUCUUUCUUCUUUGCAUGGCUUAGGGAUGGAAAUAUUUAAUGGGAAUUCGUAGCAUAUUUGCAUCUUUAAUACUUGUUAUUUUCUUAAUAUUCGUUGAAUAGAUGAUUGUAUCACAAAUGUGUUGUUGUUACCUCUGGGAAAAUUUGGAUUUUGAAAAACACUGCAGAAGAAUUCUUUGUGGGAUACAAAUUGCAUCCCUUAUUGUACUUCUGAGGGAGAAUGACGAGGCAGAAGCUUGUUAUUUAGAUUCUGAGAUAUGAUAAUUUAUUUAUUUAUUUGGGUCAAAAACGUUGAAUAGCUAGUUUAUUUUCCAGGAUGCUUCUUAAAUUUCAAUGGAUUAUGUCAUUAUACUUAUUCAACAAUGAAACCUCAGAAAAUUUCAUCAACUCUGUUGCACAUUUCACAUGGCUAUUUCUUCUGUUUGUGUGAGCAGAUACCAAAAAAAAGGAGGAUUCUCGAAGUUUUAUCAACAAACUCUCUCAUAGCAUAUCUAGAGGCAUUCAUUUUUCUGAACCAGCUUCCUCUUUGAGAACGGAUGAAAAUAAGCUGGUAUAUUUUCCUUUUUCAUGUUGAUGAGCGAACAUGUCAAUUGGUGUGUAAUAAUAUUGUGCCAAUUUUUUUUCUUUACAGGUAUGUGGUGUUAUACAAAUGCUUCAAGGAUUUUCCAGCUCCUUUUUUAUUUGGGACGAAAACAAAAAUUGUUUUCGAGUAAGAAGUGGGGCAUUUGUAUCUCACUUGUCACAAACUAGCCUAGGAUGUAUACUGGAUCAAUUUGUAUAUAGUGGAACAUCCCUAAAGCUAGUAGAACUUUUCGUCAGAAGGGUGGAAGCAUUGAAAACUGGUUUUCCUACUUUAGAGGCUUUUGCUGGUUCUGUCUCUUUAUGGCUAAAGGUAUUCAAGUUUUACCAUGUUACGUGACAUUCUAAUCUCAGACUGGGUUCGAGGCUAGGAACAUUUCUUUUUCUAACAUAGUUAUAAAACAAACUAUAGACGAAUAUUCCCUAAAACCAUAUUUAUUUACUUUUUCUGUGGCAAAGAGGCUGAGGAGUCGUGCAUUACUUGAGGAGGUAAAUUUACAUAAGUUGGACUCCGAAAGGACUGCAACACUGUUGAGAUUGACAAAUUCGUUAUCAAGGUUGGUCUUUUUAUGCAUGCCUUACCUCAUACUCAUUAAUAUUAAUUCCUUGCAAUGAAAUAUUAUCAACCUUUCUUACAGGUAUAAUUCACAUGUAGUGCUGGUUUUCCUCUUCUAUCACUUUGUCUUCACAUUCCAUAGUUAUUAUUUUUUUUUUUUUCAUCAAUUUUUGUUAUGGUCUGGAUUGUGAGGGACAUGAUUGAGUGUAUACAAUAGUCUACUUUGGAGUUUUAUAUGUGCUGAUGAAUGUUAUUUAUGAUUACCUAUAGACGUGAAAAUGUAGAAGUUUGACAAACUAACAUCUUUUUGGUAUAUUUUAACUUUUGAAUAGGUUCUAGGACUGCAAUCUGGUCGUUAAAUUCCAGAAAGGGUAGGUCCUCUGGUACCCCAUGACUUGUAGAGUUGGAUUGGGACAAAUAAGAAGUUUUAAUUCAUCCGUGGCUUCAGUCCCCGAAAACGUGAAAAGGAAAGCAAAAGUGAUAAAUUCGAAAGUAACGAGAUUGUAGCUUAUGCCGAGAACUUCAAAAUAAUAAUGGACUUCUGCCAUUUUAUGAUAUCAAAAGUUGAGUGAAAACAAAAGGAUCUAAAGCUUGUUGCGUGGAUUAUUUUUUUGGCUCGUUUUCAUGCAAUCCAAUGUUUAUUUUUAAUUGGAAAUCUGAAACUGUUGGGAUUUCAGUUGGAUAUAUGAUGAAAUCAAAUAAUGAGUGAGGAUUUUAAGGUGUUUAGGAAGGAGAUGGAUAGGUUAUUUUAGGAAUGCAACACCACCUAGGUGUUGGUGAUAGUUGAUGUAUGUGGAUCUUUUGAUGCCUUUCAGAGCAUACACUUGUAUGAACUCCCUUUUCAUAAUACAUUCCUAAUGCGUAGAAAUAUGCCCAAGAAUAAUACAACGGAAAAGCUUUGCGUUUAAUGGUGUAUGGGAGGAGCAUGAUAUAAAGAACUUCGUAGAAUUUAACUUUACAUGUGGGAAACAUAAUGCUGAUGCUGUACAUACCUUUUGUCUGGAUCUUUAUGGUCGCCCUGUUCUCCAUUGAGGAAUCAUACUACAUAUGGAGUGGAUUGCUAUAUGAAAAUAAAGCUGAUCAUGUCCUCUCACCUUCCAGACUGAAGCUUCUUUAUGUUUGAGGCUGAUUAUGGACUUUUUGUAAAAAAUGAUCUCAAUCAAAGAAAUCUAUCUGCAGAAGCCAGCUUGCAAAGAACAGCAAAAAAAUGCUCAAUUCCUUCUUCAUAUCGAGUUUAAGAAAAGAGCUCAUCUCUCCUGUCUUGAACUUAAACUGAAGCUUGUCAAGUGGAUAUCAAGUUAACCCGGUUGUCAAAGUCAGUGAAGUUGUUAAAAAUGGGAUAUUCCCUUGAUAUUGUGCGGUAGGGAGUGUGGUGGGACAAGCUUGAUUGAGUUUUCGUCCAUUUCUUGCUCUUAAAGUUGGUUGUUGAGAUUCAUAAUGAGAAUUCUCUGUAACCUAAUAUUUUGAGGGAUAAAUAUCACAGAAAUUUUUAUAAAUGAGAACUUUUCCCAUUUGAGGAGUCCAUGAUCUCUCUAGCAUGGAAUUGGCGAUUGCAGCCUCACCUCUUCCAUUUGAAGACGGUUAAUCGAGGGUAAAGCAAAAGGUUUUCGGAAUAUAACCAAUGAGAAGAUGUCUACUUCCAUAGAGUAUGUCUACUUCCCAAGUACUGUGAAAAAUACAUUCUACCAAUGCUAGGCAGAUAAAUAAGUAAAGGCUUGAGUCAUAUUUUGAAGUAAAUCAUCACAGACAGGAAAUAGAAAACUUUAUUUCAUAACUACGUUGAGCAAUAUUUAGGGAAACUUAUUGGAAGGAAGAAAGAGGCAAAAAAGUACUAGUAGUCAGGAUACAUCCAAGAGUUUUAGGACAACUAGGGCUGUUGAUCCACUGCCUUACAACUUUGGUGCAGAUGCAAGGUACUAGAUAAUGUCUAUGUGAGGUCUAAAUUUCAGUAUUUUUAAAACCUCAUGUCCAGUGUAAAUAGUUCUCAAAUAAAUGAAAAAUAAAUGAUGUAUGUGUCUGCAUAACAUAUCUAAAAUUUUCAUUUUAAAAUAUAAAAAAUGUGAUGAAAUGAUUAAUACAGUUAAGCAACUUUGGAAAAACUACGGAUAAAUGUGAAUAUAGAAAUUUAAUUAAAAUAAUAAAAUAAUCGAUGAGUAAUCUUCUCGAAUAAAAAACUGAGAUAAUAUUUUUCCAUUUGCAAAAUGCAGUAUUAACUUAUUGCAUGAGUUCUUGAUGGGGUGAAGGGAUGAACUUUUUGUGCAUAUAAGAAUUCCUUGACAUGAAGGGCAGUCAGCCAAUUUGAAUUGAGCUGUCAGCAGUCCCUUUCAGGAACAUGGUGAAUUUGUAGAUGUGAAUGAGUGGUUCCUUUGAUGAAUGCAGAUUUGUUUCUUCUUUGAAAAGGCCUCGAAUACGAUGGUCUUACCUCAAUGCUAUUUAAGGGGUGUUGUAAAACUUGACGAGAUUGAUUUUUGUGGAAGCAAAAUUUAUGCAUAAAAAUGGAUUUCUUUUUUGGGAAAUAUCAUAAACAUAAUCCAUAGAAUGAAGAGGAUAACCAAAUUUAGAGCUCCCAGAGAACAUGGGUCAUAAUGCCUAAGGCCUUCAAUUUAUUGGCUCUUUUUUUUUCAACUAGAGGUAUUUCAAAGUUAUCGACUCUUUAUGGAAUUUGGAAUGCCUUGGACCCAUAUUUUUCUGUUUUACCUAUGUGACACAUGUGACACCUAGGGAUUGGCAAGAAAGUAGGUCAAAAGAGCCUAAAGAGUUUCUGGUUUUAUUUGGUGCCUUAUGUAUCCUAUAUUAAAUUAAGGACUACCGAAGUAUGUUCUCAGCUAUAUUUUAUAUUGUAUACAUCACUAAUAGGUUUGAUCAAUAUGUCGCCAAAUUUAUUGGUGAAUAACUGAAAGCUGAUUCAAGUUACAGAUUGAAUGACAACUUACUCUGCUUUGUCUCUUGAGUUUAAUGAUCUAAUGUGACGAACUUCAAAAGGUAGUCUCAUUGCUUUCCAACAAACAAAAAUAUGGUUUUAGUUAACAAUAUUGAAACAAUUUCACAAAUGCAGGGAUAAUAUUUGUUUCUUGUUAAAUAGUGAAUUUUUUAUAUGAUAGAAUAAUGCGUUACAAUUAUGCAUGUUUUCAUUUUCCUCGUAUUUUUUCCUAUCCAUUAAUAUAGUUUGAACGAUAGUUUAAGAUAAAAUUGACAUAAUCUUCAAAGUAAAUGCUUUUGGUCACAUUUUUGGUAGAGUUUUCAGUAAAAUUAGGUUUCAUCCCAGUGUUAUACCAUUCUGUGUAAGCAAUAAUUUUGUGUGUCAUCACUUGCUUGCUACUCACUUCCAAAAUUGCAACCUACCUGUCUAUUGGAGGAUAUACCGAAACACUUCGGUAAAUAUUUUCUAAUAUUAAGGAGUUCUUAUUUCCAUAGAUAACUAUACUCUGCAUGAACAUUCGGUUUGCAUUGACCCCAUAGUCCUAAUUGGAAAUGCUUAAGACGUACAUCAAUGUGAAAUAGAUUUCUCUUUAAUGAUGUCUGGGAAAAAAUAAAAACUGAAUUUCAGGACAGCAUACACCCGUUUGGAGUGUGUUCUGUAAUUGGAUGUUUGUCAAGUAGCUUGUACAUAAUUGCCAAAAACUUUCGAACCUGUACAUAACUGCUAAAACGGAAUGAAUGCGAUUCUGCUCAAGUAGCUUUUUUUGUCAGUCUCUGUUCAGGGGGAGAACAUUUACUGCAAGUAGUUAAUGGUGCAGUUCCCAGAUAUUGUCUUUAUGCUGAAGCAUCUAUCCCAGCUGCUGACGUGUCUGUUCAUAUACUGGACUAUCUUUACAAAAGGUUAAAUGAAGUUUCUCCUGUUCAAGGUGGAGAGGUUGAAAAUCAUCAUUCCUUGUGAUCCUUUACUUCGCUGGAUUAUGUGCUAUUGUUUUCUGACAUGGUUUUUUUGUGAAUGCAGGAGGAAGCUUAUCAUAUGCUUGUAUUUCUUUUUUUGGGAAGUCUGCUGCCAUAUCUUAAAGGACUCAAUUCUUGGCUUUUUGAUGGGAUUCUUGAUGAUCCGUAUGAAGAGGUACACUAUUUCCUAUUUAAUACACAUGCGUAACUUAUUUCAUAUCUCUGGUGUCUUUUUACAUUGUCCCAGGCCACACAAUAUCGUUGUUGCUGGAAGGUAUAAUUACAAGUGUGUAUUAAAAGAUCCUGAUCUGAGAAUAUCCUAUCUGGGGGAGUUAUUGCUUUUGAAAAGAGUGGGUUUUCUGAAGCCUUAAAACACUAUUGAAUGGCUUGCUUGUGAUCAUGGUGCAUUGUUUCUGAAUCAGUCAGCCUGUGAACGGAAUGGUUCAACUUGAUCAGGCUUUUUUACCUCCAAUCGAAAAUGUUUGCUUGGGGGGGAGGAUGAAAGAAAAGCCAGAUUGAAAAAUAACAUAGUGAAUAGACCGAGGGAGCAGGUUGGUCUAAAAUUAGUUUAACUAGCCUAUAUUUGACCAGUAUGAACUGAUCUCCAACUUUGGAUGAGAUCUGGACGAAUGUAGUCAGUCCCAUAUAUGAUUACCUAUUUUCAGGUCAACUUGGGCCCGAAAAAGAGGAAGCAGUGGGAGUUGUGUGAGUUCAGAAUGGCAUCUGGCAUAACUGUUUUUUUCGUCCACAAUCAUGGAGCACAACACUUCCAUAAGCAGUGGUCAGUAUUUCGAGGAAGAGGAAUCAAUUAUCCAUUGUUGCCUCGAUAGUUUGUCUCUAUAGGAGAGUAUCAUAACUAAUGCUCUCAUUGUUUGUGGAAUCAAUUAUUGAAAGUAGAGGUGGAGUCUGUCGGAUAUCCUUUCUGGGUUCAUUAGUCGUGGUCCCUGUUGUGGCAUAAUUAUUUUUUCCACUGCCUCUUGUCUUUAAUGUAUCCAUUUUCUCCUUGGAACGUGGGAUUUAUUUUGAACUAAUACGUAAUUCUUUAGUAUGUAUCUGCCUCCUAAUGCUGCAUAUUGAAACUUACCUUUCCGUGCCUUCUUCAGUCUACGUCCCUUAUUUAUUUCCUCAAAUUCUUCUGGCAGAUGUUCUUUUAUGAAAACAAUUCUGUCACUAUAGAUCAGCCUGCCUUUUGGGACCAGAGUUAUCUCUUGAGAUUUUGGAGAUUUAAGUCCUUCCCUGAUACCUUCACAAGUUCUCUUGAUGAUGAUUUUACGGUUCAACUGAAGGGAGUAAAGGAGCGUGAUGAACAUAUUCUCCAAGGAAAGGACCAUAAUGAUCUUGAUGCCAUUGUUUGUCCAGUGUUUCUGAAGAACAUAGCUAGGGGAAUUAUAUCUGCUGGAAAAUCAUUGAAGUUGGUGCAGUUUCUUAACAAUGAAUCUCAUUCGAUAUUUGGAAAAGUUAGCAAUGGCGAGGAGAAAUACACUAAAAUGCGAGAAUGCCUGAGCUCUAAGUCUACUGUGAUUAACCAUCUACCUCUUACUGCAACAAGUCCUGAGUGUACUUCCUCGAUCAAUUGUGAAACUGUAGGUCUCAAUGAUGCCUAUCGUCAGAAGAUGUUUUGCUCUCAGGGUAUUGGGUCCUUGACCUUGUCAGAGAUUUUCUUGGUUUCCUUCGUGGGUUUAGUUUGUGAUGGCAAUCAUAUUUUUGACAACAUCAUCAAACUGUGUGAUUCUUUCUCUGAGAUAUGUAACACGUGUGAAGUUUCUGCUAACAAACAAAAAAUGGAGGAAGUUUGUAGAAGUAUGGCAAUGAAAUUAGAUUUUGAAAAAUUUUGGUGGAAAUUCUUUCUUGGUACAAUUAUGCGGAGAAAUAAAAAAUUAUAUAUUCAGAGGAACUUUGGUGUUGAGUGCAUGGUUGAGAAUAUUUCUUUGGGGAUAAAAAAAGUAAAGGAAGCUGCAUUGCUCGGUCAGGAUAUCAAUGAUUACCUGUGUACUGAUGACGCGCCAAGUGUUCAGUCCUUCUAUCCCGAAAAUCCAGCCAUUACAGUAUGUCGAGAACUUCUAGAAAUAAAGUCAGCAUUUAAGGAGGAAUUGAACAUAUCUAAAAGUUUCCAUCUCCCUUCUUUGGAUGAUGAAAUGCUAUGGAAAGCUAUUUUUGGUGGAAACACUGAUGUAAGCGGCUGUUGCCGAAGUGAAGGAACAUACCCUGGAUUCAGUGGGACAGACUAUGCAUUCGGUUUCAAAUUUAAUGAAUCUGAUUAUCUUCGUCUAGCAGCAGAUGUAGAAUCUUUGGGAAGCUUGUAUCCAUUCCCAACUAUUCUACCAUGUGGCACGGUAAGUAUAGCUAUAUCUUAUUGUGCUUUUGUCGAAAAGCCAUUGAAUUUUUGCUACUAAGAGUUGUGUUUGUCUUAAAUCAGGACGGUCUGCCUAUGUCAGAGGUUAUGCCCUUUCAGGAAAAUAGCACUGUUGCCUCAAGAAUCUUAAAUUGGUUUCAAAAUGUAAAUCUGAAAGCGUCACCCCUUCCUAGUGUAAUAAUUCAGAAUUGUCUCCAAGUAUUCGUAAAGAAGAAGGUUAAUACUCGAAACUCAGAAAUUUCUUCCCAUCACAUAGGUGUGCAUGAAUGCGGGUAUGCUAAUAUGAUGUGUACUCUUAUUUCUCUUGGCUAAAUCACAGAUUGAUCAGGUUGGCAAACAUAUAUUGCAAAAGCUGAUGGAUGAUUGGCGAUUGAUGGAGGAGCUCAGAGUGUUGCGUGCUAUUUACUUGUGUGGAUCUGGUAAAUAUUUUCCCUCUAAGUUUAAUCAAGAUUAGUAUUUCUGUUUGAUGAAAAGCAAGGUGGAUUCGGCAGGUGACAUCUUACAGCACUUUUUGAUAUCGAUUUUUGGGAAGCUCGAGAAAGGGGACUCCUGUGAUGAUGAUUUUGAGUUGAACACCAUCUUACAGGUUCAUUACUUUGAAGCUUUUCGUGGUGUAUAUUAGCUGUAUAUGGACUAUUGCUAACUUUACCUGGAUAACUGUGCAGGAUUCCAUCAGAAAUUCUGCAGAUGCAGCAAUUCUAUGUUCCCCAGAUUCCUUAACCAUAUUGAUUGCUAAAGACGACAUUUCCGGUAGUGAAGAAUAUGCAAUGAACCUUGUUUCAACUCCACGGAAAGUUCAGAGCCUUAGGAUCGGUGCCAAUGACCUUGACUUUCUAAAAUUCACUUAUAAGGUCUGUCUCUGACACAAAGUUGUAUUGCAAAUACUAUUUACAUUUACUCAGUGAUCUAGCUUCCAACACAAUAGGUUCCCUGGCCUCUCGAUCUGAUAGUCAAUGCGGACGCAAUUGACAAAUAUAGCCUGGUAUUUUUCCUCUUCUCGUAAGAUUAUUUUGAAUUAUUAGGAGGUUGCCAUUGUUAAUAUUGCACUCUAUGGUAUAGGUGAUGCGGUUCUUGUUGAGGGUCAAGCAUGCAAAGUUUGUCCUUGACAAGGCUAGGAUGUGGAUGUGGAAGGUGCCUACGUGUUACUUUUCUCACUCUGCAUAUGUUCUCUCUUCUGUCUAUGUAGCAAUCUAUGACAUGGAUUUUUAAUAUUAUUCUCGCUAACACUGUAAUGACUAUCUCAUUUAUGCCCUUACGCUCACAGGUACGUCAAUUCCUCUGUUGGUUGUCUGUGUCUCGUCUAAAUAUCUAUUUUGGAUUAAAAAAGUUGUGAACUUCGAGCAAUUCAUAGCUUAUGGCUGAUGCACAAAAUAGAUUUUUAAUGGCUCACAAUUCUUUUAUUUGAAUUGACUACCCUUCUCGUCUGGAUAUUUCCAUGAUUUCGUCUGGGUUUUCUGAAUAUCUUUGGUCUUGUUACAUCACACACAUAGGAUGGCGUUAACCUAGCAGAUCUCUCUCUUUGUGAAGUGUCGAUGUUGACUCUGACUUCGCCUUAUUCUUCAGAGAAAGGGCUGUAUGACUCGCAACCAAAAACGUCAGUUGUUGGUGGAGCAGAAACUUCUUCAUUUUGUUGAUGCUUUUCAUCAAUAUGUCAUGGACAGGGUAAAUCAAAACAAGCUAGUUGUCUUGUAUUCUAGAAUUCACUUUGAAUAAUGAUUAACUUUUGAUCAAAUAUUCAGGUUUUUCACAGUGGUUGGAUCGAACUCUGUCACAAUAUGGCUUUAGCAGGCUCCCUUGAUGAGGUUAUCGCAGUGCACGAGGCUUAUCUUUUUUCUGUUCAGCGCCAGUGUUUUGUGGCUCCAGAUAAAUUGGUAUUAUUCCCUAAGUCUCCUGGGAUUUUUAUCCUGCUCAGUUUGGCCGAUCUUUCUCUAUUUCUGGCUAUUUGCCUUUAUCUUGUUUUGCUUUUCAAUCAAUCAGUGAUUUGUAGUUGCAAUUUUUUAUGAUUUCAACUUAACAUAUAUUUUAAUUUUUUUGAAAAUUUCUUCAGAUGUUAUUUUAGUUUGGUAAUUGCACUGGUGAGUUGCAUUUCCUGCUUAAUAAUUGUAGGACUUUUGUAUCAUGAUAUAAUGUCUAAUGUUCCACAGUUGAUGAAUUUUUUUUUUACUUGGAAUCAUUUUCUAUGGUCUCUAAAUCAUGAGGGCUGCAAGCAGUUUCUUAAUAUGGUCCUCUGGUUGCAGUGGUCUCUGAUAGCAAACCGAAUCAAGAUCAUUCUGGGAUUGGCAGUCGAUUUCUAUUCUAUUCAGCGGACACUACUAACUGGUGCAGCUGCCCCUGCCAUCAAGACAAGAUGUGAGAUGGAGGUGGAUCGGAUAGAGAAACAAUUUGAUGAUUGCAUAUCAUUUCUUCUAAGAGUAUACCUUGUUCCCUAUUUCCUCUGUUUUUUUCUUCUUUUUUUUUUUAUUAUUGAGAUUGUGGUGAAACUGAUAUUUUUUCUUUAUAAAUGUGCAGAUCUUGUCAUUUAAGCUCAAUGUAGGCCAGUUUCCUCAUCUGGUAGAUCUAGUUACUAGAAUUAACUUCAACCACUUUUACAUGUCCAACAGUGGCAACCUCCUGACCACACCAAGUUUUGAGCCGGCCUCCAAAGUGGGAAAGACCUACCCGAGCUGA